UCCAAAUCAUGAAGAUCAUAGUCGUGAUGAAACGCUGCAAAUUCAUUAUAGAUGUUAGCAACCAAGAGCCCAUCCUAGAAAUAAAAAACAAAAUCCACCGCCUCAUCGGAAUCCCCGCCCAGUCCCAGACCCUGAGGGUUUGGGACUGGGAGUUGAUUGACGGGCUCGACUUAGACGACUAUCCGCUCAUCUCCGACGGCACAAACAUCAACCUCUCGACCACAAGCACCCCAGAAUACUCCUCCUUCAACGACGCCAAGAUGAAGAUCACGGUCAAAUUCUCGGCGAGGAAGAUCGAGAUCGAGGCCGACCAGAACGACACCGUGUGGAGCCUGAGGGAGAAGAUCCACAUCAUGGACGGAACCCCGAUGCGGAAAAUGGCGUUGUUCUUCAAUGGGGCGGAGAUGGAGGAUGACUUCAGGAGUUUGCACGAGUACGGGGUGGGUGGGGGCGACGAGGUGGUGGUGUUUACGAAGACGGUGGGGCGGGGGGCGGGGGAGGCCACGUCGAGGAGGGUGGCGGUGGUGGUGCAAACGUCGUCUAGUUUGAUGGGCGGCGCCCGAAUUCCGGUGGAGGUGGAGGAUUCGAGUAGGGUUAGUGAGGUGAGGGAGAUGUUGGUGGAGAGGAAAAUGCUGCCGUUGGAUGAGUAUAUACUUAUACAUAAGCAGAGGAUAAUGCGUGAGGAUUGUAGCAUGCGUUGGCAUGGGGUGGAGACAGGCGAUAUUUUGUAUGUUUUUAAGGGGAGUGUUAGUCGGGCUGUCAUCUAAUCCAACGCUUCAUUUAUUUCCAUAUUUCUACUGCUUAUAUUCGA